AUGAAUCUCUUCCACCACAGCCCCGGCGGCGAUUGGGAGGAGAGGAGCCGCCGCACCGCCGCCGCCGACCUCCCAAAACCCUACAAAACCCUAACCGAAACCGACCUAAAAAACCUCCAAGAAAGCGACAUCUCCACCGUCUCCGCCGCCCUCUCCGUCCCCCGAGGCCUCGCCUGCUCCCUCCUCCUCUCCAACCGUUGGGACCUCCACUCCGCCUGCGACAAAUGGCUCUCCGCUGCUGUGACUCCACCGAUGCAAGGAUCGACGUCGAAACACGUGAUUUGCAACAUCUGCUUUGAAAAAUUCCGCCCCUCGAAAAUGGCCGCCGGCGGCUGCGGCCAUCUCUUCUGCUUAAAGUGCUGGAGUAGCUAUAUUGGUAACUCGAUCAACGACGGCGCCGCCUGCUUGACGCUCAGCUGCCCCGAGUCUGGCUGCGGAGCGGCUGUGACGUUUGAAAUGGUUGAGAGAUUCGCGCCGGUUACGAAAAUUAAGAAAUACCGCCGCCUUCUCCGGCGGUCCUACGUGGAAUUGAAUCCGAAUCGAAAGUGGUGCCCUGCCCCAGAAUGCAACCUAGCAAUCGAGUUCGAAUUCGACGGGAGCAUGAGCCGGGAAGUCGUCUGCGCCUGCUCGUACACCUUCUGCUUCCUCUGCGCGGUGGAGGGCCACCGCCCCGUGUCGUGCAAGGUGGCGGCGGCGUGGCUGGCGACGAACAAAUCCGAGGCGAAGAGCGCUGCGUGGAUCGUCUCCAACACGAAGCCGUGCCCCAAAUGCCACCGCCCGAUCCAGAAAAACCAAGGCUGCAACCACAUGAUCUGCGGAGCCCCGUGCAGGUUUCACUUCUGCUGGAAUUGCCUCUCGCCAAUGAGUAACCACGACGUCAACUGCCGCAGCCUCACGGCCGAGGAGAAGGGGAAGAUGAAGAUACCGAUGAGCGACGUGGCAAGAUACGCCCACCACUGCGAGAGGUGGGAGUUUUACGAGAAUUCGGGGAAGGCGGCGGUGGGGGAUUUGCAGCGGGCGAGGGGGCUGUGCGGCGACGGGAAAUUGGGGUUUGUGGCGGUGGCGUGGGAGCAGAUUGUGGCGUGCCGGCGCGUGCUCAAGUGGAGCUGCGCGUUUGGGUAUCACGUGGCGGAGGCGGCGCUGCUGGAGUAUUUGCGGGGGGAGGCGGAGGCGGCUGUGGGAAUGCUGCAGCGGUGCGCGGAGGAGGCGAUGGGAGAUGAAGGGGUUUAUGUUGAUGAGGGGAAGUUGAAGGGGUUUGAGGUGAGGAUUUUGGAUCUAACACGUGUUAUGAGGAGGUGUUUUGAUACUCUGGUUUCGGCGUCGGAGAAUUGGUUGACUGAAGUUGGAAGCUCGAAGACGGGCAAGCCUGUGACAAGGCCCGUGAUUGAGAACUCGAAGGGGCGUAUUGGGAGCUCGAAGACGAGCAAGCCACAGAGAAGCUCUGAGACAAGGCCUGGGUACGAGAGCUCAAAGGGGAAUAUUGGGAGCUCGAAGACGAGCAAGCCACAGAGAAGCUCUGAGACAAGGCCAGGGUACAAGAACUCGAAUAGGAUUAUGUACUUCUUCUCUACCUCUGACUCAGACUCAGACUCAGACUCUUUAUCCUCCGACUCAGGCUCAGAGUCAGAGGAGCCGAAGAGGCUUAAGUACUCCACCUUUGAGCUUGAGAAGUUGAGGUGGCAUAACUCCUCCUCGAUUGAGACGGGAGAAAGCUCCAAAUAUGAGAAAUCGAGGAUGUAG